GGUACAUUAUGAGGUUACAAGUAUUGUAUAUAUGCCUGUUGACAUUUGUCAACAACGUUUGGUGCCACGAUGAAGUUCAUGUUAAGAAUGGUAACCACACCACCAUAACUAAAGAAUCAAAUACAAGAAAACGAGGUAUCGGUCAUUACAAUCCGAUGGGGUGGGGUGCCCAUGGAGUUGGUUCGUAUGGAGUGCCCACCACGCCGGUACAAGGAUACGGAGUAUCUACGAUGCCGGUGCAAGGAUAUGGAGUGUCUGCUGUGCCGGUGCAGGGAUACGCGGUGGUACAGCAAACUGAACGACCAGUACCAUAUCCGGUGCCGUAUCCGGUGACAUACGACCGACCGGUUCCGUAUCCGGUGUCAUACGAUCGGCCGGUACCGUACCCUGUGCAGGUGGACAGACCGUUCCCAUAUCCAGUGCAYGUGGACCGCCCGCUGCCGUAUCCGGUGCAGGUGGAGAAACCACUGCCGUACCCUGUGCAUGUGGACCGGCCGGUGCCGUAUCCGGUGCAAGUAGAGAAGCCGUUGCCGUAUCCGGUGGACCGACCCGUUCCGUAUCCAGUGCAAGUKGACAAACCUCUACCGUACCCGGUGCACGUGGACCGGCCGGUGCCGUAUCCGGUGCACGUUCCCUACAAAGUGUCUGUACCGGUGGACCGGCCAUAUCCGGUGAAAGUGCCUGUCCCUACACCAUACCCGGUCGACAGGCCGGUUCCUUAUCCCGUUCAGGUGGCUGUCAAGGUUCCAGUGGUACAGCAGGUACCAGUCGAGGUGUCCCGGCCUUAUCCCGUACUGGUGCAGCAACCAGCGGCGGUGAUGGUGCAACAGCAACCUGUUCUUUGGCAGAAGGUUUCGGCGCCACAACCAUAUCCGGUAUACGUGACGGCACAGCCACCGACGCAGUGGCAGAAGCAGCCUACAUAUUACUCAACCGUGGACAACAGCAAAAACUAUAUCGGCAUGCCCGUGUACAAUGGAGGUAACCAGCCCGGUUACCAACGUGGUCAAUACCCAUCCGGUUAUAGCAUCGGUGUGAACCACGCUCUUAUCGGGCUUGGCGUUGGUGGCCGCGGCCAGGGUGGGACAGGUAGGACAGGUGGAACAGAUGGGACCGGUGGGACCGGCUUCAUCGGAGGAGCGGCAGGCAGCCUGUUAGGAGCGGCGUACAACGUGAUGCAAGCGUUGAUAUCUCCUGGUGGCAGCGUCAMUGGUUACGCGACCGGACACAACGACUAUCUGGGGCCCAAGACUACAGGAUUCACAACUGUCAUCAACAAAUGA